AGACCGCAGGACGCUUCACCCCUAGACCGCAUCCAUCCACGCACCUCUUUGUCACCGGUGCUGCGGAUUCACGCGGGUUAACUUCAAAUCAUCCAGAUCCGGAUCGGCUCCCCCAGCAGAGAAAACAGCAGCUCCAACAGGAACAUGGGAAAGGAACUCCUCUGCUUUUUCACCCUUUGGAUAACUUUGGGAAACAUUUCUGCAACUUUUUCUUCUGAUCUUGAAUCCAACACCACAUCUCUGUUUGUGAACAGCACGACCACGGCUGCUCCGCUGCCAACCACCACGGAGUGGAUGACGGAUUACGCCGACAUCCUGUCCAAGUUCUCCCUGCGCACCGCAGACAUCCCCGAUGAGGACAUGUGCUACAUCCAAGCCGGCCAUCCAGAAACCAUCAAGGACUGUCAGUUCAACGCAGAAGCUCAGACCUUCAUCGUCAUACACGGCUGGACGGUAACGGGGAUGUUUGAGAGCUGGGUGCCCAAGCUGGUGUCUGCGCUGUACGAGCGCGUGCCGAAUGCCAACGUCAUCGUGGUGGACUGGUUAACCCGAGCCAGCCAGCACUACCCCACCUCUGCCUCCUACACCAAACUGGUGGGCCGGGACGUGGCCAAGUUUGUUACCUGGUUACAGAACGAGCUGCAGCUGCCCUGGGACAGGAUUCACGUGCUGGGUUACAGUCUGGGGGCGCAUGUGGCUGGAGUGGCGGGACACCUCACCGAUAACAAGAUCAGCAGGAUCACAGGUUUAGAUCCCGCCGGCCCCUCCUUCGAGCACGCAGACGACCAGAGCACCCUGUCCCGAGACGACGGCCAGUUCGUGGACGUCCUGCACACCAACACGAGGGGCUCUCCUGACCGCAGCAUCGGCAUCCAGAGGCCCGUGGGCCACAUCGACAUCUAUCCCAACGGAGGCACCUUCCAGCCGGGUUGCGACAUCCAGAACACCCUGCUGGGGAUCGCAUCAGCGGGGAUCAAGGGCCUCCAGAACAUGGACCAGCUGGUCAAGUGCUCCCACGAGCGCUCCAUCCACCUGUUCAUCGACUCUCUGGUCAACACCCAGCACCAGAGCAUGGCCUACCGCUGCAACUCCAAGGAGGCCUUCAACAAGGGAGUGUGCCUGAGCUGCAGAAAGAACCGCUGCAACAAGCUGGGCUACAACAUCAACAAGGUCCGCACGGCUCGGAGCACCAAGAUGUACCUCAAGACGCGCGGCAUGAUGCCCUACAAAGUUUUUCACUAUCAGGUGAAGGCACACUUCUUCAGCAAGAGUGAGCAGAGCUUCACAGAGCAGCCAAUGAAGAUUUCACUGUUUGGAACUCACGGGGAGACAGAGGACAUCGCCUUCGUCCUGCCAGAACUGAGCUGCAACAACACCGUGUCCUUCCUCAUCACCACCGACGUGGACAUCGGCGAGCUGAUGAUCGUCAAGCUGCGCUGGGAGAAGGACGCCAUCCUCAGUUGGUCCGACUGGUGGGGCAGCAGCAAGUUCCACAUCCGAAAGCUUCGCAUCAAAUCUGGAGAGACUCAGUCCAAGGUGAUCUUCAAUGCCAAGGAAGGAGAGUUUGCUGAUCUCGUCAGGGGAGGAGAAGAUGCCGUCUUUGUCAAGUCAAAAGAAGACAACAUCAGCCGCAAAGAAAGGCGGAUGCACAGACUCAAAACUGAGGGCAGUCUUUUUGGAAAGAGCGAAGCCUGAACCAUCAACCACCUUCACAUGUCCAAAGAAAGAAAGGACACGGCGACGCCUGACAAGCCUACUGAAGUGAACUCUUCACCUCUUGAAAGCAUCGUUUUUUUGUUUUUUUUUUCCUGUUUUUUUUCCAAACUCCCACAUCAACCAACACAACCUCAUCCGUAGCGAUGGAAACAAGUCGUGAUUUUUCCCGUCUUUCUGAAAAUUCUGCUGCUGAAAAAGUUGAAAGUUUCCUUUUUUCAGCAUCUUUGGCCUCUUUGUAAUCGAUGUUUCUGCUUUUAUAUCCCACCUGUACUGUUCAUAGCCUGAUGUGUUUGAGCCAUUGAACUCUCGUGCCUAUGUGAACUUGGAUUAUUUGUAACAGAUAAAUGAUUCCUAGUGACAGGCAUGAUUGAGAGAAAUCUGUUUUGUUGUGUUUUUGUCCUUUUGUUUGUAUUAACCACUAGUUACCAACAAUCGACAGGGACCAAAGAGACAUUUGCUAUCUACUGAACAAAAAAAUGACAGCAUUACCUGUAAAUACAUUCAUCUGUAUCAUUAUUUUUUAAAAUACGACUUAUGUGUUCA